UAUGAAAGACCUUGAACAGUUUAAACUAGUCAAUGGUGACACGGUCCCUCAAUAUCUAGAAAGCGUAAUAAACAACCGUAAAUGAGUAAGAACGAUUUCGGCGAAUUAUAUGAAGCAACAUCAAAGCACAUAAAGCAGUUGAUUAUACUUGCUGAUUCAAAAAAAUAUGCUACGGCGGAAUUCGACGAAUCAUUAAAAUCAUUUCUGAAUAGUUACAACCCUGAAGACGCACCAGCAAAUAUAACAGAGUAUCGUACAAAGGUUGCGAUAGAUAUAUUGUCAAGGUUAUCAGUUUUUGAUAACCUUAUAUCUGUUUAUCGUGAAUUAGGAAGAAUGGCUAUUCCUUUAAGUUAUUCUACAUUCAAUCCACUCCCUUGUGAAAAAUGGGUUAUCAAUCUGGUGGAUUUUCAACAAUCAUUAACUAAUUAUAUGAUCGUCAGCAUAAGCUUCACACAGAAACUGAUCAAAUCUGAUAUAUAUUUGACGGAAGUACGGCGUAUCUUACAUGUCAUCAGUACUAUGAAAAUGUCUGAGGCUAUACUUCCACUAACAACGCUAAUUAUUUGUUCACUAAAUACUGCAUUGGCUUAUGAACAUAGUUCCCUAACAAAAAUACUUAGAGAUUAUGGUCUACGUAAUAUUUUAGCGCACUAUACUUGCCGUGAUCCAAAAAUUAAAUUGGCCAUAACCAUUUUUUUAACGUUUACCUACACUGAUAUCAGUCAACUUUAUCUAAAAGAAGAAUAUAUUGAAUUGUUCAUGCAACAGUUCCAUUACACUGUUAUUGGAGGAAGAAAAAGUCAUUUCUUUGAUGCCUUUAUUCUCAAUAAAGUGCUCCGCCUUUUGGCUCUAAACGCUGAAAACAGAAUUGAGUUUGGCAAUCGUGAUAUUGUACGUCACUUGACAUCGUUAUCUGAUUCUCAAUCAUACGGCACAAAUGAAAUAUCAACUACUACAAAUAUUUUAUCAUCUAAAGUUCCAGUUAUUGAUGCUACCCAAGAAAUAUUGUCACUAGCUGAAGCAUAUCGCAACAACAUAACUGAAUUGGAAGAAAAAGUUCGAACAUAUUUUGAAGGUGCUAGUAUUGAUGAAUUCUUACUUCAAUAUCCAACUGGACCUGAUAUCGAUGAUGACCAAAGUGAAGAUAAACCAUCUUAUGUGGUAGAAAAAGGAAAUCCCUACCAUCUGGAUGGUCAUAUUAUGAUAAGCUACAGUCAUAACGAUGACAAAAUAGCACUUAAAAUUAAAGAAAGCUUGAAAAAUGAAGGAAUCAAGAUUUGGAUUGACAAAGAGGAUAUGGUUCAAGAUGUUAAGAUUUUAGAUGCAAUGGCAAACGCUGUGCAAAAUGCUGCAAUUGUAUUAAUACUUUUUUCUAAAUCAUACCAAGAUAGUGCAAAUACUAAAAGAGAUCAAUGUCCCCUAUGGUUUGCAAGUAAACUUCGAAUGACAUUCCAGAACAGUCCUUGAAGCCGUAGCUGUGCAUCUUAUUUGGUGCUGCUACAGUACCGUGGGUGGUGUCUGUCAGCUUCUGCGUCAACAAUCCAUGAAAUAUCGAACUAUAGGCAGUCGAUAAAUUGAGUUGGACUAACUAACAGUGGUUGUUGAUUUCUACAUGAAACUGACUUUGUUACAAAUUGACGUCAUCGCCCCGAGUCGUAGACUGAAGUGGAAUUCCCUUCUUCGUAUCUGAAAAGUGUUGUCAGCUGGUUAAAAUCUGUCAGAAGCGUGAAGAUACUACUGAAAAGCAUUUAUAACCACUUACUGAGUAAUAUUUUGACCAGAUAUGAGCGAAUACUGGUAGCACAUGGUAAACUAUCAGUGUUGUUUUAAUAUUGUACCACAUUUCAUUUUAAAGAAGCUGAAUACACUGGAAAACUAAAUAAACCAACUAUUUUUCUUCGUGUUGAGUCGAAGUUUGUUCCAAGUGGUUGGCUGGGCUUCAUGAUGGGCGAGAGUCGUUAUAUUGACUUCUCCGGGAAAUAUCCAUUUGAGGAAAAAUUUGAAGAAUUAUGCACCACAAUUCACAAUGUUAGUCGUGGAUCGAUCACUGUAAAAACUGAGAAACCAAAGAAAACGGAAGAACAUGCAUGCAUUUCAAUGUGAAAAAAUGGAAAUUCGAAAACUAUUGAGUUCAACUUUAAAACCUACCUUGCUCAGUUGGAAAUCCUUCUCCUUCAUGUAUUUUUUAAAAAUCGAAUCCGUUUAUUGUUUAUAAAUGAUUUUCCGAUCAGUGAUCAGAAACUUUACUAACGCUUAUUUAACUAAUAUUUUCUAUCACAUUGAACUAUGAUAAUAUAAUGUAUUCUAUGCGCCAUUUAA